AUGGAGACGGACCUCCACGUUCGGAGGGCGACGUCUAGGGCCGGCUCGCCACUGAUCGCCGAGGCUUCAGGCGCCACGCUCGCCUCGAGCAUCGCCAACCUCACCAACACCAACGUCGGCGUCGGCAUGCUGGCCAUGCCGGCGGCGCUGGCGUCGGCGGGUUGGGUCGGCGGCUUAUCACUGCUUGCGUUUGCUGCGCUGGCGUCGGCGUUCGCCUCUUCGCUGCUGGUCGACUGCGUCGACCACGUCGGCCGUCCGGCCACCCUCUCGUGCAUCACCUCGGCCGCCUUUGGUCCUCUCGGCCGGGCGCUGGUCGAUGUCGCCGUGGCGAGCUUCUGUGCCUCGUGCGCCAUCGGCUACCUGAUCGUGGCGGGCGACUCGCUGCCGGACGUGGUGCGCGCGCUCGACGACAGCGCCCUCCCGGACGAGAGCCUGUGGCUGCGGCGCGAGACGUGGAUCGUUGGGAGCGCGCUGGUUGUGGUUGCGCCGCUCUCGUGCAUGCGAGACAUCGACUCGCUCCGCUUCGCCUCCUUCCUCGUGCUGGUCUGCGCGGUUGCCAUCGGGGCGACGGUGCUGCUCUUCUCGGCCGGCGCGGCGGGAUUCGACGCCCACGAAGGGUGCGAGGCCGGCAACUCGCGCUGCUUGGGUCACCGCGUCAGCGUCACCUCGGCAGGGAGGACUCUCUCCGCCCUCACCACCUUUGCCUUCGCCUUCGCCUCCCAGCCGAACGUCGUCGCGGUCUCGUCGGAGCUGCGCUCGCCCACCCGCGCGCGCAUGCUCGGCGUGAUCGCAGGCUCGGUCUGCCUGACAGGCAUCCUCGCCUCCGCGGGGUACUACACCUUUGGCGACGCCGUCUGCUCGGACCUGCUCCUCUCCUACCCCGACACGCCGCUCCUCUCGCUCGCCCGCCUCGCACUCACCUACGUCGUCCUCCUCUCCUACCCCGUCGUCUCGUACCCGGCGGACCCGACCCGCCUCAAGCGGGCGGGCGCCGGGCUGAUGAUCCUAGAAGCGGAAGACGGACUCUUGCUGAUGAUUGGACUCGGCGUCGUGCUCGCGCCGCUGUCGAGCUACGUCACUCUCGUGGGCGUCGAGACGUGA